AUGGGUCUCUCUUUCUCAAAACUAUUUUCAACUCUCUGGGGUCGUAGAGAAAUGCGUAUCUUAAUGGUCGGUCUUGAUGCUGCAGGUAAGACAACCAUUCUCUAUAAAUUAAAACUAGGUGAAAUCGUUACUACUAUUCCAACAAUCGGUUUCAACGUCGAAACUGUUGAAUAUAAAAACAUCUCCUUCACUGUCUGGGAUGUUGGUGGACAAGACAAAAUUCGUCCUUUAUGGAGACACUACUUUCAAAAUACCCAAGGUAUCAUCUUUGUCGUCGAUUCAAAUGAUCGUGAUAGAAUCGCUGAGGCUCGUGAAGAACUACAACGUAUGCUCAAUGAAGAUGAAUUACGUGACGCCUUAUUGCUAGUCUUUGCCAACAAACAAGAUUUGCCAAACGCAAUGAACGCUGCUGAAAUCACUGAAAAACUAGGCUUGCACUCCAUUCGUCAACGUCCUUGGUACAUCCAAGCUACCUGUGCUACCUCCGGUGAUGGUUUAUAUGAAGGUCUUGAAUGGUUAAGUACCAAUCUUAAAAAUAGUAGUUAA